AUGGACAGCCCGCCGUUUGUACAAAACCGCAAUAACUUAAUGCCGGUCUGUUCCGACAUGCGCGUUAAAAUCGCCCAUGAAUAUGAGGGACUCUGUAUUCGGCGCUUCGGACAGAGCACACUGUGCUUCCUCAAGGAAGGUCUCAUAUUUUCCCUCCAAAUUAUGCGCAUUGACCUGUACCAUAGCCUGUUGUGGAUUCAGUCGGAGGAUUACCACCCUCCCGCUAACAGACUUCCAAUGAAUGAUUCUAGCUGUGAGAUUGGGUUCUACGAGAACAUCAACACCGGCCUGAGGUCGCGUCGUGAUAUCGACGCCUGA